GGCGGGCGGGAGUCGGCUCGGCUCUCGCGUCUUAGAGAGCAGUCCCACUGUCCCAGUCAGUGAUGGCUGCGGCGGUGCUCGGUAGCCUAACGUGUGACGCGCGCGGUCGCCCCGCGACCAAGCCUUGUUUACAACUCUGACUCGAGUGCGGUGUGUGCGCGGCGACUGCAUCAUCGGCGGCCCAGCUGCGGACCCAGCCUCGAGCCGACUCGAGCGAGCCAGCUGAGCGGAGCAGCGACGCGGACGUCGCGUCUGCUCGUCGUCCUCCUCGAGUCCAGUGUGUUUUGCAGACUCUAUAACGAAGGUAUGCGCAGCUGUGCGUUUUUGAAUGCGGCGGUUAAUAAAGAAACGCCGACCUUUGCUCAAGGCGCUAGCUGUAAUUUAACUGCAACGCGGAAACAUUUCAAAUUCCAAUGAGCUGCUCUUACUCAGGCGCCGCAGGCUGACCUUCGUGGAAUAUGAGCGAUGAGAAUGGCCGAGGACGGGGCGGGUGGCGGCGGCGGCGGCGGAGGUUCGACCGGUAGCUGCAGCGGGAGCAGCGGCGGGGGCGGCAGCGGCGAGGCGAGCCGGCUGCAAUUGCUCCAGGAAAUGCGCCAGCAGAAUUUCGACAUCAUCCGAUUCGCCUCUUAUCGCACCGCCUGCAAGCUGCGAUUCAUUCAGAAGAAAGUCAACCUUCACAACGUGGACAUCUGGAACGUGAUCGAGGCCUUCCGGGAGAACAGCCUGAACACCCUGGAGCCGUCGAGCACGCUGAGCGUCUCAAGGCUCGAGACCCUCCUGUCUUCCCUCUUCCACGCGCUCAACAAGAGAGUGCCGAUCUCGCAGCAGGCUAAGGUCGACGCCACGACUGCGCUGCUCAUGAACUGGCUCUUGGCUUCCUACACAAGCGGGGAAAACAGCAAGAUCUCGGUCUUCUCCGUCAAAGUCGCCUUAGCUACUCUCUGCGCGGGAAAGCUCAUGGACAAAUUUCGUUACAUUUUUUCGCAAAUCACCGACGGCAACGGCCACAUGAUCCACUGGAGAUUCGCGGACUACCUGAAGGAGGUCCUGGCGCUGCCGGCCGCGGUCUACGAGUCCCCUUCGUUCGGCUACUCCGACGGCCUGGCCAGCUCGAUAUUCCCGUCUAACGCCAAAAUCACGGUGAACGACUUUCUGGACACGCUCAUGUCGGAGCCGGGGCCUCACUGUCUCAUCUGGCUGCCGCUCUACCACCGGAUGGCUGCCGUUGAAUCUGUCACGCAUCCGAUCAUGUGCGACGCCUGCCACAGGGAAAACUUCACCGGGUUCAGGUAUCGCUGUCAAAAGUGUCACUCGUAUCAGCUCUGCCAGGACUGCUUCUGGAGGGGAAAGGUUUCCGGCACCCACAACAACGACCACGAGACCAGGGAGUACAGUAGCUUUAAGUCGCCGAGUAAGCAGAUUGGCCAUUCCCUGAGAAAGAGCUUCAGAUGCGUUCCCGACAAGGGCAGAAACAGCCUGCCGAGGUUUCCCGAGCAGCCUGAGAAGACUCUGGAUCUCUCGCACAUCGUCCCGCCCUCUCCGAUACCGUCUCAUAAUGGAUUCCCCGAUCCGGGCUUCAUGGGUCCGUUCGAUUCCGGCUCCUUGGAUAGUCGCUCAACGCUGAGGAGCAUGGACAGCGCGAGGGUCGACGACGAGCACAAGCUGAUCGCUAUCUACGCCCAACGACUGUCCCAGGAAGCGAGAACCUCCCGCGGCUCAUCGAGACUGCUGCAGACCGACCAAGCGAGCAGGGCACCGUCGGACGUGAACCUGGCGGCGAUCGACCCGUCGCGGGCCCAGCGAGAGCUCAUAUCACAACUUGAGGCGAAAAAUAAAGAGAUAAUGCGAGAGAUAACAAGGUUAAGGAGACAACAAGAAAUCGAGGCAGCGGGCUUAGAGAACCCGGCUCUCAUGUCGGAAUUGCGAGCCUUACGGCAACGAAAAGAUGAACUAGAAAGUCAUCUGGCAACGUUACAAGAUUCCAGAAGGCAGCUCAUGGUGCAACUUGAAGGACUGAUGAAAAUGUUGAAGAUCCACCAAGCGUCACCCCGCUCGACGCCAAACAGCUCGCCUCGCAGCACAAAGUCACCCCCGCUACCCCCUGGCGCGGUGCCCAGCAGCAGAUCAGCCCCACCGACACCCGGGGGUCCACUGAGCGCGAUGCCCAAUCAUCAGCAGCAGCAACAACAACAGCAACAGCAGCAGCAGAUGUCGCGAAGCUAUCAGAGCCCGGUGCCGCCGAGCUCCGCAAGCUCCAACGCGGUCCAAGCGGCCAAUGCCGCUGCUAUACACAACAAUCCCAUGCCCGACAACCUCUCCUGUGUAGGCGGCGAUGUCAGGUCUGCGUUUAGGACGAACAGUUUACCAGGCAGUGGCAACAACAGUGCCAACAAUAGCCUAGGACGAUCCUUAAGGAACGACCUUUUAAUUGCUGCCGACAAUGUCACAAAUGCCAUGUCGUCACUCGUCAGGGAAUUGAAUUCAGACUCAGAGGAGGAGGAACAAUCCCACAAUUCUGGCCGCCAUAACAUCAGAAAGCCGUUAGAUUUUGAGGUCGGCGAAGACGGCGAGGACGGUAGCGGUGGCACCUGGCGCGAGGAGCUCCAGCGCCGCUACCAGCAGGAAAACGACUUCCUGGCGGAGCUGCGCUCGCGCAACGCGGUCCUGAACGCCCAGCAGCACAACAAUCAGCAGAACCAGAACCACCACUCGAAUCAGAUGCACAACCAGCACCAGAACCAGAUCCAAAACCAGAACCAGAACCAGAACCAGAAUCACCACAACAACCACGUGAACCAGGAUCACCACCCGGGCGAGCGCGAGGAGGCCGAGGGCGAGAAGCGCGACGACAGCGAGGCCGAAUGGUCAGAGGCUGUUAAGCGUUGGGUAAACCGAUAAAUGUCCUCCCCAAAUAAGCUACUCCUCUGCGCGCUGUAGUUAUGGAUUUCGUUUCGUUUCGUUGUACCUAUAUAAUAUAUAAUAGUAUCGGCGCUAUACUUCCUAUAUUCUAUAUAGAUAGGACGCGCGUCACGGGGGGAAUCGGUUAACUGCUGAAAACGAAUUAAUCGUCUAAGGACGUUCGAGUCGAAUGAGAACCGCGCACUGCAAGGAGCCAGGUACUGAAGAUACUUAAUGCACGCUCUCUUGACUGAGCUCUAGCGUAGAAGAUUUUAUUUCGCGUUGGUAAUCGCAAGGCCC